AUGCUGUCCUUGGAUCAGAGCGGCCCACAUCUAUCCUUGAUGAAGCUGGCAAAGGUCUAUGGAAAUGUCUUCAAGAUUCAUAUGGGCAACCGACCUCUUCUUGUUUUGAACGGAUUUCAGGCUAUCAAGGAGGCUUUGACAAAGCAACCAGCCGUCUUUGCGGGUCGCCCAGAUCUGUUUACCUUCAAAGUAAUCGAUGAGACGAACGUCUAUGGCCCAUCCAUUAGUUUUAGCACCUAUAGCGAGCGAUUGAAACUCCACCGGAAACUUGCCGAGACGUGUCUGCGGCAUUUCUCAGAAGGUGGACAAGCACAGUCCCUGGAGGGUCUCGCGAAAGGCGAAGCAGAAGAACUUGUCCAUUACCUGAAAGUUGAUCCAAAUGCGAAGGAGGGUUAG